AUGUUUAAGAAACUGAUAAUAUACGUUCUGAUAAUUUAUGUCUAUGGUGCUAAUACUAACGAGAACUUAGAUAAAAACAGUGAAGAAUUACUUGAACUGCAUAGAAAAUACAGACAAGAUUUAGUUGACUGUAAAGUUGAUGGACAACCUCCAGCUAAAUAUAUGUCACCAUUGAAGUGGAAUCACGAUUUAGCUCGACAAGCACAGUCAUUGGCGAUAAAUUGCACCCUACAACACGACAAACGAUAUUCGAAACAAUUCAUUUGGGUUGGACAAAAUAUCGCUCUCCAUCCAACCAUUAAGUCAGGAGUGGAUGCUUGGUUCAAUGAACACAAAUUAUACAAUUACAAUACGAACAACUGUCCUCAAUGUUUGCAUUACACACAAGUGGCUUGGGCCAAGACCACAGACAUUGGAUGUGGAGUUGCGAAAUGUCCACGGUAUGGUCUAUCAAUCGUGUGCAACUAUGGUCCAGGGGGUAAUUGGAAUAAUGAGAAACCAUAUGAAGUGAAACCACGUAAUAUGUGCCCAAAAGUGCAAAAUAUUCCUAAAAACAGUUUACAAACUAGUCGUGCUCAUACACAACAUGGACAGAAGCCAAUAAAGCAAAGCCAAAAAAAGGUGUCAUGGAUUGUUCAAAAUGGACGUAAAGAUCGCAAUCAACGCAAACAGUCGAGAAGAAAAAUUGUCUUCACACAACCAAAAGAUGCUCAACUUCGAAAACUUUUGCAAUAUCAUAAUGAACUUAGACGUAAUUUGACAGCAUGUAAACUCGAGGGACAACCUCCAGCGAAAAAUCUUCCAGAUCUUAAAUGGGAUAAUGAACUGGCUUCAAAAGCUAAAGAUUUAGCAAAUGAAUGUUAUUUUCAUCAUAAUGAUGUUGAUUUACCUGAAAAAUGGCAAUAUAUUGGUCAAAAUAUUGCAGGAUAUCAAACAAUUGAACAAGCAUUUGAUGCAUGGAAAGAUGAAUAUAAACAGUAUAACUAUUAUUCAAAGAGUUGUUCUGGAGUUUGUGGACAUUAUACUCAAUUAGUAUGGCAAAAUACUACUCAUGUUGGUUGUGGCAUUACAAAUUGUACUGGAUUUUAUAGUUUUCCAUAUGGAUUAUCCGUGGUUUGUAAUUAUGGCCCAGGAGGAAACUAUGAAGGUCGUUAUCCUUACGAAGCAAAAUCACAAGAUGAAUGUUACGCUACAACUACGAAACGUCCUACAACUACGAAACGUCCUUCUACUACUACUACUACUACUAAACGUCCUGGAACUACACCAACUCAGAAACCAGGCGUGCCAAAACAAAUACCAAAACCAAUUUGGCCAUCAAUUAUAAGUACAUGGAAUGAAUUUGCCACUUCAAAUAUGAUACAGGGAAUAUUGACUAAAGAUCAAGAUUAUUUAUUGAAAGCACAUAAUAGAAUUCGGCAAUAUGCUCGAAGUUGUAAUAUUACAGGUCAACCACAAGCUAAGAGAAUACUCAAUCUUAUAUGGAAUGAUCAAUUAGCUUUAAAAGCAACUGAAUUAUCAAAGACGUGUAAUUUUCGUUUCUCCAAUGUAACAACUUAUAAAUUUAAAGAUGUUGGACAAAAUAUUGCAGGUUAUGAUGAUGUUCAAACGGCUAUGGAUGCAUGGGUUAAUGAAUAUCAAUAUUAUGACUUUGAUAGUAAUACAUGCAAUAGUAAAUCAUGUGGAAAUUAUUUACAGAUUGUAUGGCAGGAAACAACACAUAUUGGAUGUGGUGUUACUGAUUGUCGGAAAUCUCCACAGUUCCCGUAUGGUGUAUUCGUAGUAUGUAACUACGCCCCUGGGGCAAAGUAUGAUAAAAGUCCAUAUGAUGUAGUCAGCAAUGCAAAAUGUUCAAUUCUUGAAUUGAAAUGGAAACAAUUUAAUCUGAAUGGACAAAACUGUUAUUGUUAUCUAUAG